AUGGCGAGUCCAGUGAGGGCAAUGAAGUUUCAUCUUUUUAACUGUGAUAACACAUAUCGUUUGGACUCAGUAGAAACCUUGUUGCUCAAAAUGGCAGACGAUCUUAACCUUAGAAUAUUGGUGGAUAAGCUAAAUUUUCGCCUUUCUGAAAUGUCGGAUGUGUAUAAAAAAACCGUUCCUCAGCUACAAAUGGAUUAUGCCGUCCUUGUUGUCCAUGCACAUGAAUCCCGUCUCUCUAUCAACGAGGACAACGCUGGUAUUGGGUACACGAAGAUCUACAGAGCUUUGCUGCAAGCGACUGGAGACAAAGUCUUGAUCAUCAUUGGUGGCGAUAAUGAAUACAGAGAUGAAGACGAGGAAGAACAGGUUGUUAUCUCACGCUGGGCACGAAGGAAAGUGGCGUCACAGUUUGAUGAAGAGUAUCUCGAUGGAAGAAAAAGCUUCAUUUUUUCUUGGAAUAAAGCGCACAGAGAAAUCCACGAGGAGGCACUUAAGCACUACCUCGACCCUUGUAAGAAAGAACAGAAGUUCCAGCAUGUGCCAAAACCAAAACCGACACCAACACCAAACGAGAUUAUAAGAGCAUGCUCCCUUGAUCUAUGUGUGGAGAAUGACGAACUGGAUCUUGAGUUUAAUUCAGGUAAUAAGGAGAGGUACAAACGUUAUGGAGCCACUUUAGGCACAGACGCAAUACCUACUCCGGUAGACUACCCAGAGGGAACCUUGCUACUUGAAACGCGCAUGCGUUUUGGAAAAGUGUGGCAGCCAUCUGCAGAAGCCGUAGAAGUCUUGGAACGCGAUUGGAAAUUAGUCCGUGAUGCAAACGUGCGAUUCAUUGUUAAUAAUGAUGGUGCGGUCAAUUGUAAAGUCACCAGAGAAAAAAGUUUUUGGCAAAGAUUGAUGCCCCCAAGUCGGCUAUGGUUUUGCUGCCUGGCCAUUUUCUAUUGCAAAAGGGCAUGUUGUUGUGAUUGUUGUUGUGAUUGUUGUUGUGAUUGUUGCUGCAAUGAAUGUAGCAAAUAG